AUUUCCUUAACAACUAAAACGAUAUUAAAUAACGAUGACAACAAAAUUAUUAAUAACAGUUAUCUUCGUCAUUUGGGGCUUGGCAACUUCACACGCCACUAAUCCCUUAAUAGGUGGAAAGCCAAUAAUAUUGCCAACUUGUCCCGUUCCCACGGAGCAGAUUUUAAGAUGUUUGAGACAAUGGGCUUGUCAGCAUGUCAUACGUUUGGAUUUAAGAUGCCUGUUAAAUCUUAACGGAAAUCCGCUUCUUGGUGGACUCUUGGGUGGCAAUGGUCUAUUAGGUGGCGGUAAUGCAGGUGGUGCAGGCGGUGGUGUCCCUGGUGCUGGUACUGGCAUUGUCGGCGGUCUAUUAGGACGUUAAUUAAUCUUCUUAUUCCUCUUAUUUUCAAAAUUUAAAAAUAAACAUAAUCAUUACUAAAA